GCGGGGGCCGGAGCGAGGGGCCGGCAUGGCUGAAGGCUGCGCUCUGCAACCUUGAAAAGCAGCUACGGCGCGAGGCCGAGGAGAGGGAGGAGGGCGCGAUGGCAGAGCGCGGCCCCGGCGGCUGCGCCCGGCCCGGCUGGCUGGCCUGAGCUGCCGGAGGAGCGGGGCUCCCUCUACGCUUCCAUGGGGCAACAGCAAAGGCGAAACUCCGGAGCGCUGCGUCCCUGCGCUGCUGCCGCCAAGGACUGUUGAAGUGGCCGAUCCCGAUCCAGAGAGGAGCGUCGAGGGAGAAGAGCCCCAGCCCCAGCCCGCAGACCGGUCUCCCGGGACAGCGGGGGGCGUCGGAGGGUCGAGGAGGCACGCGGAGCGAGCGGUGCCGCGGGAGAGGCCAGCGCGGGAGGUCGCCGCAGCAAUGCCGGGCCCGCUGGGGCUGCUCUGCUUCCUCGCCCUGGGGCUGCGCGGCUCGGCUGGGCCCAGCGGCGCGGCGCCGCCUCUCUGCGCGGCGCCCUGCAUCUGCGACGGCGACCGUCGGGUGGACUGCUCCGGGAAGGGGCUGACGGGCGUGCCCGAGGGGCUCAGUGCCUUCACCCAAGCGCUAGACAUAAGUAUGAACAACAUUACUCAAUUGCCAGAAGAUGCAUUUAAGAAUUUUCCUUUUCUAGAAGAUCUACGAUUGGCUGGCAACGACCUUUCUUUUAUCCACCCCAAAGCCUUGUCUGGGUUGAAAGAACUCAAAGUUCUAACCCUCCAAAACAAUCAGUUGAAAACAGUGCCCAGUGAAGCCAUCCGGGGACUGAGUGCUUUGCAGUCUUUGCGCUUAGAUGCCAACCAUAUAACCUCAGUCCCCGAGGACAGUUUUGAGGGGCUUGUUCAGUUGAGGCAUCUGUGGCUGGAUGACAACAGCUUGACGGAGGUGCCUAUUCAUCCCCUCAGCAAUCUUCCAACUUUGCAGGCACUGACCUUGGCGCUCAACAAAAUCUCCAGCAUCCCUGACUUUGCAUUUACCAACCUUUCAAGUCUGGUGGUUCUGCAUCUUCAUAACAAUAAAAUUAAAAGCCUGGGUCCACAUUGUUUUCAUGGACUUGAGAACCUAGAGACAUUGGACUUGAAUUAUAAUAACUUGGGAGAAUUUCCUCAAGCUAUUAAAGCGCUUCCUAGCCUAAAAGAACUGGGAUUUCAGAGUAAUUCUAUUUCUAUUAUCCCUGAUGGAGCAUUUGUUGGGAAUCCACUCUUAAGAACGAUACAUUUGUAUGAUAAUCCUCUAUCUUUUGUGGGAAACUCAGCAUUUUACAAUUUAUCCGAUCUGCAUUCCAUAGUCAUUCGGGGUGCAAGCUUGGUUCAGAGGUUCCCCAAUCUGACUGGAUCUGUUCAUCUGGAGAGUCUGACCUUGACAGGCACUAAGAUAAGCAGCAUUCCCAGUAAUUUGUGCCAAGAACAAAAGAUGCUUAGGACUUUGGACUUAUCUUACAACAAUAUAAAUGGCCUUCCCAGUUUCAAUGGAUGCCAUGCUCUGGAAGAACUUUCUUUGCAACAUAAUCAGAUCCACCAAAUAGAGGAAAGUACUUUUCAAGGCCUGAUUUCCCUACGGAUUCUAGAUCUGAGUAGAAACCUGAUCCAUGAAAUUCACAAUGGAGCUUUUGCCAAACUUGGGUCAAUAACUAACUUAGACAUAAGUUUCAAUGAAUUAACUUCAUUUCCUGCUGAAGGCCUUACUGGGCUAAAUCAACUGAAACUAGCAGGCAACUUCAAACUGAAAGAAGGUUUAGCAGCAAAAGACUUUGCGAAUCUCAGGUCUUUAUCUGUACCAUAUGCUUAUCAGUGCUGUGCAUUUUGGGGUUGUGACUCUUAUUCAAAUGCAGAAGAUAGUAGCCUCCAAGGCCACAGUGUGGCGAAGAAUAAAGGUACCGCUGAUACAGCUGGUGUCACAAGCAGUGCUGAAAAUGAAGAACACAGUCAAAUAAUAAUCCACUGUAUACCCUCUACAGGUGCUUUUAAGCCCUGUGAAUAUUUACUUGGAAGCUGGAUGAUUCGUCUUACUGUGUGGUUCAUUUUCUUGGUUGCGUUGUUUUCCAACCUGCUUGUGAUUUUAACAACAUUUGCAUCUUGUACAUCACUGCCUUCCUCCAAAUUGUUCAUAGGCCUGAUUUCUGUGUCUAAUUUAUUCAUGGGAGUCUAUACUGGCAUCUUAACUUUUCUGGAUGCUGUGUCCUGGGGCAGAUUUUCUGACUUUGGCAUUUGGUGGGAGACUGGCACUGGUUGCAAAGUAGCUGGAUUUCUUGCAGUUUUCUCGUCGGAAAGUGCCAUAUUUUUAUUAACGUUAGCAGCCAUUGAAAGAAGUUUAUCUGUCAUGCAAAGUGGGAAAAGCAAUCAUAUCAAACAGUUCCGGGGUGCUGCCCUUUUUGCUUUUCUGGGUGCCGCAGUAGCGGGCUGUUUCCCCCUUUUCCAUAGAGGGGAGUAUUCUGCAUCACCCUUAUGUUUGCCAUUUCCCACCGGGGAAACUCCCUCCUUGGGCUUUACUGUAACCUUGGUGCUUUUAAACUCACUAGCAUUUUUACUCAUGGCUGUUAUCUACACUAAACUUUACUGCAACUUGGAAAAAGAGGACCUGUCUGAGAACUCACAGUCUAGCAUGAUUAAGCAUGUUGCUUGGCUCAUAUUCACCAAUUGCAUCUUUUUCUGUCCUGUUGCAUUUUUGUCAUUUGCACCAUUGAUCACUGCAAUCUCUAUCAGCCCUGAAAUAAUGAAAUCUGUGACUCUGAUAUUUUUCCCUUUGCCUACUUGUCUGAAUCCAGUCCUGUAUGUUUUCUUCAACCCCAAAUUUAAGGAAGACUGGAAGUUACUGAAGCGACGUAUUACCAAGAAAAGUGGAUCCGUUUCCGUUUCCAUUAGUAGCCAAAGCGGUUGUGUGGAACAGGAUUUCUAUUAUGACUGUGGCAUGUACUCACACUUGCAGGGUAACCUGACUGUGUGUGACUGCUGUGAAUCCUUUCUUUUGACAAAACCGAUAUCAUGCAAACACUUAAUAAAAUCACACAGCUGUCCUGCCUUGGCAGUGGCUUCCUGUCAAAGAGCAGAUGGCUAUUGGUCCGAUUGUGGCACGCAGUCUGCCCACUCUGAUUAUGCAGAUGAAGAAGACUCCUUCGUCUCGGACAGUUCUGACCAGGUGCAGGCCUGUGGACGAGCCUGCUUCUACCAGAGUCGAGGAUUCCCUUUGGUGCGCUACGCUUACAAUCUACCGAGAGUUAAAGACUGAAUGAAUGUGUUUGUGACUGUUUAUCCCCCCACCCACCAAAAUCACAGUGUUGAUAGAGUGAGCCUUAUUCUGACCU